AUGCGAGAUAAUGCAAGACGCAAAAGCUUGACAGGUGAUGCAUUAAAUCAAUUACGUAUGCGAAAAAAAUUUGCAUCGAAGAAGUAUCGUGAUGGAUUAAAAUUAAAACGAUUAAAUGAUAAUCGAUCAUCAACUUACAAAAAUCGUCAAUCAUUCGGUAAAGCUAUUAAACGUGUUCAGAAAUCAUUACCAAAAGAACCAAAUAAACGUAUUAGUGUAGUUCGUCAUAUAGCACAAACACUUGAUAUUAUUUCAACAACAACUGAUCUUCACGAACGUGAACAACGACAGUUACCAAUCGAAUUAAAACAAGCUGUGAUUGACUUUUACAACCGUGAUGAUAUUAGUCAUCAAAUGCCUGGCAAACGUGAUUAUGUUACAAUAAAGGAUGAUAAUGGUUCAACACAAUUGCAAAAAAGAAUUUUAUUGAAUAGCAUUCGAGAAACAUAUGAAUUAUUUUUAAUGGAUCGUAAUAUUACUAAUGAUGCAUUAUCAGUUAAUUCAUUUCGUAUUUUACGUCCACCUAAUGUAUUAACUUAUUCUCAUAUGCCACACAGAAAUUGUUUAUGUUCUUACCACGAAAAUAUUAAUUUAUUAAUAAAACCAUUGUCAAAGUGUAUUAAUAAUUCAAAUUUAUGUACAAUUCAAGCAUUUUCAAAAGCACUUGUGUGCACCGAAGAAGAUGAAAAUUGUAUGUUUCGACGAUGUUCAUUGUGUACUAAUUAUUUUGAUAAUAAAUUUCGAAAGUAUGUACUUAAUCCAGCACAAAAAAUUCAAUGGUAUCAAUGGGUUUUAAAAAAUGGAUAUUCAGAAAAACAAGAAUUUAAUGGUACAGUCCAUCAAUGUUUAAAUACACUUGAAGCACAACUCGAUUCAUUUUUGGUACAUGUUUUUAUCAAGAGACGACAAGCUGCAUAUUUUGAAAUGAUCAAAUCAAAUUUGGAUAAUGAAACAAUUUGUCUCCAGGUUGAUUAUAGUGAAAACUUUAAGUUAGAAGUUCAAGAUGCUGUACAAGGAUCUUUUUAUACAAAAACUGCUGUCUCAUUAUUUACUUGUUAUGCUUGGAGCUUGGAUAUUAGUUAUUCAAUUGUUUAUGUUUCAAAUAAUUUAUCUCAUGAUAAGUAUUGUAUAAGUACAAUACUCGAUGAUUUAUUUAAUAAGUUGAAAAUGAAAUUCCAUCACUUGAAACAAAUACAUAUUUUUUCCGAUGGUGCUGCUCAGCAAUUCAAGCAGAAGUUCUUGUUUAGAAAUUUAUGUCGUUUAUUUGAAGAAUUUAACGUGAACAAUAUUGAGCUGUAUUUAAUGAUACGACUUAUUCAACGUUUACUUAAAUAUACAUCAAUAAAACGUAUUGAUUAUCAAUUAUUAAUUGAUUCAUUGGGUAAAUUAUGUGAAAUAGCAAAAAAAAAUUAA